AUGCACUGGACACUUUCCACCGCUUUGACGGCUUUAUUGGCCUACCGGGCCCACAGCCGUAAAUCGCUGACCUUCAGUGGGAUCCUUGCCGCCGUCGUUACGGCUUUGGUUCAUGCCGUUCAUCCGUUCUCCACGCUGAAUAUCUGCUUAUUGUUCGGAUUCUAUCUUACCGGAACUUCGGCGACGAAGCAUAAACAUGCAAUAAAGCAAUCUCUAACCAUCUCCGCAACUGGGUCUCAUACCGUCACGACAAGAACACAUACCCAAGUGUUUUCGAACUCUAUCUGUGCGAGCGUGUUAAUUUUAAUUCAUUAUUAUCUUGUAAAAGAUGAUUUGAAUUCUGGUAAAGAUAUUACAUUUUCUUUGUUGUCUGGUGGGAAAAACGGAUGGAGGGAUGCUUUGGUAGUGGGGAUUAUGACACAAUACGCCGCGGUUCUAUCAGAUACUCUUUCAUCUGAACUGGGAAUUCUAUCCCGCUCACCUCCAAGGUUGAUCUACAACCCGCUGAAGGUAGUUCCACCGGGCACCAACGGAGGCGUAACUCUCGCCGGUUUCAUAGCCGGAACCGCAGGAAGUAUAAUAAUCGCCAUCAUCUCCGUUCUUUCCGUCCCAUUCAGUCCAGAAAAUUCAAAUCUACAAUUUAAAGCCACUUUAGGAGGCGUAAUUGUUGCAGCUGGAAUCAGUGGAACUAUCAUCGAUUCUUUACUCGGUGCUACACUACAAGCAAGUGUGAUCGAUGUAAAAGCUGGAAAAAUUGUGGAGAGUGAAGGCGGUGAGAAGGUUUUAGUGACAAGUACCAAGUAUCCAUCGAUUGAAGGUCAAAUGAGGAAAAGGGUUGGUGUCGCAAGUGAAGGACAGGAUGUAACGGCUAAAACCAAGGCUGUUGGAGGUGGGGAGGGGAGUAGGAAGAUAUUCAAUGGGUUCGAUUUGCUGAGUAAUAAUGGAGUUAAUGUGGUUAUGGCCGGGAUUGCGGCUGCAGGUGGUGUGCUGUGGGGUUAUUGGUUUGUGCAGUAG